ACAUCCACUGAAGCAAUUCCCAAGAGCAGGUUCCUGGCACUGGGCUCUAAAUUCCGCUAUAGCGGUCGGACUCAGGCCCAGACAAGGCAGGCUAGCGCCUUGAUUGACAGACCCGCACCACAGUUUGAACGGACAGCAAGUAAACGGGCCUCUAGAAGCCUUGAUGGAGCUAAACGUACCUCUCAAAAAAUUGAGUUCAUACCGGUAGAGGAAGAGAAGCAGGAGGAUGUGGUGUGUGUUGGGGUUCCAGACUCACAACCUGUGGAACAGUUUCGAGAGAAGCCAGCAAGAGCUGGUCUUGAGAAUAUUGAAAAGAAACAAAUAGUGACCCAAGAGGAGUUCAUCUUGGAAAUUCCUGUUGCAGAAACAAAAUUAGUGGAACAAAUAAAAAUACAUCCAGCUGUACAUGUUCUUGAAAAGUUUGAUAUAAGCCCCAUAAAAGAAGAGAAGAAAGAAGAAAAAACUCUUGUGGUGCAGGAUCUAGAGCAAAAGCCACAAUUACUUGAACCAAUUCAGGAGGAGUCAGCAGUAGCAGUGGUUACACCUGACAGAAGCACCCGACCUACAUCUGCACCAGCUAUUGCUCAGAGCCACAUGGUUGAACCUACUCCACCAACUGCAUCUGAAAACAAGGAACCAGCAGCUACUAAAACAGAGAAGGAGGCGCAGAAAAAAGAAUUAAAACAUGACGAAAUGUUACCAGAGAAGUCCAAAACUGAACCGGCUGAAGCCCUCCAGCAGCGUGCCGAAAAAGAGGAAGACCCGAUAAGAAUGAGGAAGAAAAGAUCAAAGAGACUAGAUGGUGAAAACAUUUAUAUAAGGCAUAGCAAUUUAAUGUUGGAGGAUCUAGAUAAAACUCAAGAGGAAAUAAAGAAACACCAUGCCAACAUCAGUGAGCUGAAGAAAAACUUUAUGGAAUCAGUUCCUGAUCCUCGCCCAAGUGAAUGGGACAAACGCUUGUCUACUCAUUCUCCCUUCCGAACCCUGAACAUCAACGGGCAAAUCCCGACAGGAAUUGAAGGAGUCCAGGUCAAGAAACCCACAUUUCAGUCCUUUGAGCGGCAGGUUGGUGGGCUAGAGAGUGUGAGUGACUUUCCCUUCAAAGAGGAUGCGGACGCAAUGGCAGAGGGGCAAAAUAUUGCCUCCGGCUUUGAAUGGGAGGACUCAAAGCACUCAGUAGGCAUUAGUGAGAGCCAAAUGUCCGCUGCUCAGGAUCCUGCACAGACUCAUGAAUUUGACACUACUGCUUCUGUAAGCAGCGAGGAGGAGGAGGGUGCUACUGCUCAGGCUGAGAGUGAGGAAGAUCUGAGGAGUGAAAAGGGAUUUUAUUCAGAUGUGGACAAUCAGACAGAGGUGGAAAGCUCUAUAAUCCCUGCUUCACCUCCACUGCAGACCCAUGAGCAACAGGAGGCAUGUGAUGUGGAAAAAGAGCAAAAUUCAAGAGAACUGCUUAGAAAACUAAGUGAAAACUGUCACAGCUUAAAUAUUGAUAAUGAGUUUCCUGCCCUCAUUUGCUGUUUCCAGCCACCCCUUGUGAAGACUCAGACUGUUACUAUCUCUGACGUGUCAAGUACUGUGAAAAGUGAAAUUCCAACUAAAGAAGUUCCUAUUGUUCACACAGAGACCAAGACUAUAACUUAUGAAGCUGCACAGACUGAUGAUGGCAGUGGGGAUUUAGACCCUGGAAUUCUGCUAACUGCUCAGACCAUCACUUCAGAGACCACCACCAGCACUACCACUACCCAGAUCACAAAGACCGUGAAAGGUGGAAUUUCAGAAACACGAAUUGAGAAAAGAAUUGUCAUCACCGGGGAUGCAGACAUUGAUCACGAUCAGGUUCUGGUUCAGGCCAUCAAAGAAGCGAAGGAGCAACACCCAGACAUGUCUGUGACAAAGGUGGUGGUUCAUCAGGAAACAGAGAUUGCAGAAUAACAAGACCAGCUAUAUAUAUAACUAUAUAUAUAUGUAUAUCAAGGCGAUAUCUAUUUCAGUCUGAGAAAGGCCACCUGAAAUAUACCAGCAAAACUACAAGGAAACUACCUUGGAGCACCAUGACCUCAAACUUGCCAGAGUUAUUUUAUCAGACAUUCUAUCACUUACUACUUGGAGUUGGGCUUUUUGAUGUUUACUUGGGAUUCUCCUCAAUACAGUGGAUCCUUUUUUUUGAUUAUCAUUUUUAUAUAUUGUGACCGACAGUAUGACAUAUUUUUCACUGUACCGAAGUGUUUUUUUUACAGGUUUUCAUUUUUUUUGGCAUUCCUUUUCCCAACACCUUAUUUUUUUAACCUGCAUCAUGAAAAUGGAAGACCCGCCAGGCAGAAACCUAAGGCUUGCUGAAAGGGUUUCCCUGUAGCUGCGUUUUCCGCUCAGCGUUGUUAUCCUCCUGCCCCUUUGCAUUCUCACUUAGUGAAUUCUCACUCGUUCUUCUUAUGGUGUGGGAAUGCCAAUAACCUAGAAGCGGCUCUUGUUGCUAGGAAAGUCAACAAAUCAGAGCCCGGUUUGUGCAGCAUUUUUGCUCUCCUCUCAUGACUUGUCCUGAAGUUUUAAUACAGAUGCUUACACAUUUAUAUAAGACACGCACAAGUGUGUCUACCCUCUUUUGCCUCUGGAUUUCCCUUGCGUUGUGGACUUGUGAGCCUCUAGAUGCUUCAAUAUAGCAGGAAGCUGUGGCGUAAUACAUUCACCAGUAUCUCAGUAGGAUGUCCGUGUUAAGAGAGAAUGGAAUUUGUUUCACCUUUUAUACUGUGAAUUUUAGAGCUGUUCAGUGAACGAUGACAAAUAACCUUUGCCUUCAACACCUCCACCCCACCCCCAUUUCUCCCUUGUAUUAUUUUGGACUUUUUGGAAGACGGCAUUAAUCUUAUCUAUCAGUUUCCCCCAUUAAAUCAAGCCUGUUAGAAAAUGAGUUUAUAAGAAGUAUGGACUCUGAAUGCUAAGAAGUAGAGCUGUACCUCCAGUGGUAGUUUUUGGGGAUCCCUCAUUUGUCAUUUAUGUUUUGUUUUAUUUUUUGGUAGGAUAAGCUUAAAAUUUUGUUGGGCUUCAGAAGCACUAUUUAAACUUAGCACAUCGGCCAGCCGUCCGUGCAAGGAGUGUGUGAUCUUUAGCUGCAGUUCAGGUCAUCUCUCAGAGAGACAGUAUUCCUAAGGUUGUAUUCUCAAAACAGGUGUGAUAUCAAAAACGAUAGGUUAUUUCCACAAAUUGAUGUUUAACCCGGGCUACUUGGAGAGCAGUUAAGCAUAUGUAAUUCUGUCAUUUUAAUGUUCUUUUGCAAGGUGAUCUGGAAGUUCUUUUGGGCCGCAGCCGGCGGAGCGUGCUGCUGUUGGGCGAUCUUCCUUCAUUUUAAUGGGGUUGCAUGGAAAGCCUUACAUAAACUUUGCUGAAAUGAAUAGAAGGUGCAGACCAGCAGGGCUCAGUGGAUUUCUCCCUCAGGCCCCUUCCCUAUCAUGCUGUAAUGAAACAACAGAGUCCAGGAUUUGCUGGGGGGAUCUGUUUUCCUAGCAAUGCAGAAUCAAAGCAAGACCAGCAAUAGAAGGAGGAGGCGGGAGAUUCUUCUGUAUUCAUUCUGCUUCCGAUUGAAGCUUUUAACGUAUUUCUAAACGAAUCACAUUUUAAAAAAAGUAAACAUGAAUAUUCUAAUUAGACACGAGGUUCGGCUCCUGUGUGUAUCGCUGUCACUUGCGUGAUGAAUGAGAGGAAUCAGAAUUGGGAGAUGCCACGCUCCUUUCUGAUUUGGCUCUGUUUUCCUGAGCUGGGCAUCAUCCCCCCUCCCCCCCCAUGACAAAACUAAAAUUGCAUGCUCAACUCUUCCUAAUAGCAGUAUUUGGAAACUAUAAGUUAUAUGCCGUAAGAGUUGUGCGCAAUAUUAUUUUCUGAGAGAAGUGUAACGUUGAAAUUGUACUGAGUGUGCUACAUAGCAGAGGCCAUGGUGAGGCAGGCUCUGCUUGUAAGCUUAAUUCUAGGCUACGAGAAGUGGAAGCAAAAAGCUCUCUGCUGUUCCAUCUAUUUUAAAAAACCCAGGCACAUUGUUAAAAGAAUUUGAAUUCAGUGAACUGAAAACUCCGGUAUACUUUCUGACUGUAACUUUGCUGGCUACAGUGUCAUAUUGAAUUGAGUUUGUUCUCCCCUGACUUUGAGUUCAUUUAAUUGAAGUAGUCAAGGCCUUUAUUGGAUCUGAGAGGAUUGGUUGGGAGGAAUUCAGUACCCUUGCUCUGAUGUGUGGUGGACAACUGGCAGCCUCAGUCAGCUUCCAAAGCUGGCCAUUGCCCCUCAGAGUCUGUGAUCCUGUGCAUCCUUACCUGCGAGGAAGCCCCACAGAUGACAGUGGCAAUUCAACAUGCCUAGGGCUGGGCUGUAAGGCUGCUUAGAGGGUUUCUAUCUGUCCUUCUCUUUAAUCUUCCCCACUCCAGUUCAUGAAUUUUCUAGAAUUUUAGAUUGACUUUUUAAAAUCCGGUAAUAGCACUUACUAUAUUAUUGAGGAAGAUGAAGAUCUUGAGUGUUGCACUUUCUCUCCUUCUGGCUCUUCGUGCUUCUUGUCGAUUUUUCACCUCCAAUCUCCAACGCUUAAUGCAGCAGACUUGCAAAAAUCUCUUCUCCCUCAAGGAAAGAGGAUCAAAUCCUUCCAGUUUCCCCGCUCAAACUCAUCUGAUUUCCUUUCCUCACUGCAGCCCCCACUCAAUGUAGCUGUUGUCUAUGCGAUACCCAGAUCCCUGGCUUAGUUUGUCGGUGGUCAAAAUGAGGCCCUUCCUCUGUCACCAGUUGGGGAAAAAAAUCUGCUAGGAUACAACAUAGAAUCUUACUGGGGUAAUUCAGCAAUUUGUCAUUUGGACACAGAUGAAGCUUCCUUGUACUGAAUCAGACCAUCAGUCAAUCAAGGUCAGUAUCGUUUAGUCAGACUGGCAGCAACUCCCUGGGUCUCAGGUAGAGAUCUUCUACAUCACCCACUGCCUGGUUGUUUUAGCUGGACAUACCAGCGGUUGAACCUGAAACCUUCCGCAGGCCAAGCAGAUGAGCCACGCCCCCUCCCCUCCACUGCUGCUGUUCAAUCUGUUCUUUAUGAGUAUGGCUUGUCCUUUCUUCUGCUGUUAUUUCAGUAUGCCUCAAAUAACUUCUGAGGAUCACCCUUACUUACCUCCAGGGGUUUUGUUUGCCAUGGACUUGCCCUUCUGUAAAGAGAGAUUCCCUAGCCAUUGAACCUCCUGUUUCUUUUUCAGAGUUCUCCAUUCCUUUUUAGAUCCCAGGUCCCUCCCAUACAGCAAAGGCCAUAAAGUCACACACCUUUGAUAAUAGUGGUAGGGUUUAACCAGGUACAACUGCAGGCACUCUCUUCUCCUGAAAAGCCUUUCCCCCUGUUUGUAGCUUCGAUUACACAUGUGCACGUAGGACUUUCCCCCAGUUCUAUAUUUUAAAAAAUUUAAACUAAUCUCAUUAAAAGUUCCAGAUCUCAAGGGAAAGGGGUUACAUUGCUGUGAGAAACUUAUGAAGAGCAGCACUGAGACAAGAAAGUAUAGAGCAAAGCAGAGAGAAAUACAGGUUGGGAUGGGUAGGUCUUGAGAGAGGUAAAGCCCUACAGGUGAAACAGCAAAGGGACAUUUGACAUGGAACAGCUCACAGAAAGUUACCAGUGUGCAGCUCAUUAGUUAGUUUCUUGUGGAUUUAUAACUAGAUUUGUUUGUCACAGCUGUACUUGGGCAAAAGUUACUCUUGGAGAGCUGAAAAAGUUCCAGGCAAUAAAAACGGGGCUUGCUUUUGAGUGUGAGAUGUUCAUCUCUUCUAGAAGAUUCCCCCACUCCCUGUGCAUUGGAUGCUUGGAGACAUUCAAGGGCUACAUCCGCGCCACCGUUUCUGUGGGGGGCAAAUACAAAAUUCUGCUGUGUGCAGUUAAUACAAGUGAAACAAUUUAACGUUACUUUGUUUUGCUAAUCCUAAGAGAGAGCCAAAGAGCUUUAGAAGGUGCAGAAGCCUCUCCAUCCAGAAAAGAUCUCAUUCAGCCCCACUGGCUUCUAGAUCAGGGGUCUGCAACCUGCGGCUCUCCAGAUGUUCAUGGACUACAAUUCCCAUCAGCCCCUGUCAGCAGGGUCUGAUGGGAAUUGUAGUCCAUGAACAUCUGGAGAGCCGCAGGUUGCAGGCCCCUGUUCUAGAUUCUCCAGGCAGAGCUGCACGCUCGGCUGGAAACUUGCUUUUAAAAAUAUAUGAAAGAAGAAAGCUUAGUUUCUGCAGAAGCUAGAAUCUGUGGUUGGGGCAGAGUUCUGAAGCUCUUCUGCCCUUGUGCAGAAUUGCCGCCAGGGCUCAGCUAUAAAAAUGCUUGUCUGAAAUCGUGUGCUGUGUCUUUGCUCAACUGCUGGCCUGUUUGUGGAGCUUGAAAAACAGUCACCUGGCCAAGUUGCCUGUGGACAGGUAAAGGUUAUUUCCUGGCAACCAGGCUGGAGGGCAGCAUUACUUAACUGAGCAGGAGUUGGUGGGGGUCUUUCAGGCUGUCGAUGUGCCACAAGUGAUUUCACAUAGGUAUGUGAGUAAGCAGGCUGGUGAGGGUGGGGGAAACGUUGCAGGCUUCAUGGUUUCUUUUGGGCUUUAUUUGCCAGGCUGGCUUAGCUUUUCACAUCAGGCGCUAUGAAAACAGCUCACAGUUAAGACGGCAGGAAAGCAAACCAUCUUCCUGUCUACCCACUAACAAACAUGCAGUACUGCCAUUGCGUGCAAAGCCAGCAACUGAGCAGGCUGCUUGCAUCCUCAGAAAUGCCACCGUGAUGCUGAAGUCCACAGAAUAAAUUUGACUUCUGGUGCCCCUCAGAACUGCUGGGGACCAGCGCCUCUGUUGUUGGCAGGGGUCAAUGAAAUGUGAUUUAUUUAUUUAUUAAUAAGCGAUGUCUCCCAGUUAAUGCCUCAUUUAAGGUCAUCUGGAAGCUGUCCUGACUGUAUAGCAAAUGGAAACUAUUUAUGUGAAUGUUUGUACAGUCGGAAGCCAAGAGCACAGUGACUUGUACUAAUCAAACUGGGAGAAAGAAAAUACAUCUUCACAUGCCAGACACCAGCAUGAGGCCAACCAUUAAAAUACUAUUAGUCAUUUGGGGGGUUCCCCCCCCCCCCCAUUAAUAGUGGUUUGCCAUUUUCAUACAAAGGAAAAUUAACCCUUGCUGUUCUGAACAUUGGGUUUGUUUUUGUUUUUUUGUUUUUUAGCACAAUCAAUCACAAACUUUCACUGCACAUAUGAAGGAGCUUUGUAAAUUUUUUAAGGGAAUGGUGAAUUGUAUAGAAUAGGGAGUUACAUCUUUCUUUUAAAAAUAGGAAAUAUUGCAACAGAGUUAAAACAAAUAGAUAAUCUUUAUAGUUGAAGUAGCUGUUAUUUUGGAUUUUUGUAGUCAAAAGAAAAGUGGAUGUAGCAUUUAGAAAUAAGUGUUCAACCUUGCUACUUGUAUUGCAUUUUUUCAAUAAAUUUUCAAAUAGAAAAACAGCA